AUGCGUAGGUUGUUCGAGCGCAUACACAAACCCAAUUUAGUGCCAUAUCGUCAUCUAAAUCGGCUUGCUACAACCUUCAGUCAACAAUUCCACAGAAACCUUUCUUACCAUUCGCUUCAUAUGCUAACAAAUGCUUGUUGCGUUUUUCUUGUUAUCCUCUUGCUUUGCCCAUUGCUUACUGUCAGUACUUUUCGUCACACCCAGUUGCCAUCAAAAAAGCAGUUAAUCAUAGACACUGAUGGAUUCUCCGACGAUAUACGUGCUAUAUCGCUUGCCUUGCAGCAUCCGGAUGUGGAGGUGCUGGCGUUCACUACCGUUCACGGUUGUGUGUCCGUAGAGCAAGCCACUGCAAAUGUUGCAAGAUGCCAGCGUGCAAACGCACUUGCGAAUCCUAUACCUAUCUACAAAGGAGCGAGUGAAUCUUUGUUAAACAAAGAAAGCAACCGCAAUGAAAUAUCUGACGAUGGAUUAGGAGACCAACCCCAAGCAUUCCCAGUGCUCCUUGGGAGUGACUUUGUGCCCACGUCUGAAGAAGUUGCAGCAACAGCACUCGUUCGCUUAUCGCGCGAACAUCCGGAAGCAACACUGGUCUGCCUUGGACCGCUUACUAACGUGGCUAUUGCACUGAAGAUAGAUCCAAGAUUCACCUUUGACAAAGUAUUUAUCAUGGGAGGAAACUAUCAAGGGAUUGGUAAUGUAGCAUCAAAUUCAUCAUCAGAAAUCAAUUUUCAUGGUGACCCAGAAGCUGCGUCAAUAGUUGUAAGCAAAUUGGCGGAAAAGAUCGUAAUGAUUCCAUGGGAGGUUUUUUUCAUUGAAGGCGUCAAGCAUGAAAAGCUAGUAGACUUCGACGCGCAUUUGCGAUAUGAUACAAAUCUGGCGUCAUUCCUAAGUACAGCUACAAGUAAAGUUCGAACUGCAAUGGCGAAAAGUAAUCGCCAGAAUUCGUACUGCGAUGAGAUUGCGGUCGCUGCUGCCAUAGACAUGAAUCGAGUGGCUCGCAAGUUGAUGCACCUGAGAAUAGAAGUGGAACUUUUUGGAGCCUAUACUAGGGGUCAAGUGGUUGUUGAUUGGAUGGAUGUUGUCUGGAGCAAGGAUGAUGCCGAAUUCGUUGCCAUUUAUGGAGAGACUCUAAGAGGAAGGCUGUCUCCCAUUACAUUCAUUGUCUCUUAUGAUGUUGUCUUAGUCGACGAAUGGAUCCAUAAGGCCGUAAAAGGCGAUCCUGGGCCAUGGUGAUUACGAGUUUCAUGAUUGCAUGCGCUUAUAUUCUACAUUAUGUGAGGUAUUGUAAUAAAUAUGGUCUAGA